AUGUCAAAGACCACUUCUCCAAAUUCUCGUGGGGUUAUCCAUUCAAAAGAAGCCGUAACUGCUGCUGAAAAAUUAUCAAGUCUGUUUUAUCUAUUUGGUGCUCCAAGAAUUCUUCAAUCGGACAAUGGCAAAGAAUUUGUCGCUCGAGUUAUUAAAGUAAAGAUAAAGAAAAAUUGUACAGGUCGCACUAGCAGGAUUCUCUGGAGCGUAUCUUUAUUUUUUGGAGGAAUUAAAAAAUCAAUGGCGUGGCCUUGUCAUUAUAAACGGACGACCAAGACAUCCAUCGGUGGACAUACAUCUGUGGAGUGUGGUAAUCAGACGUUAGAACUGGCACUUGGCAAAUGGAUGCAGCAAAAUAAUACCAAAGCAUGGUCAAAAGGUUUGAGUCCAGCUAUUUAUGCCCUUAAUACAAGUUACGCUGAAUCAACAAAAGAAACUCCAUACGAGGUGGUUUUUGGUCAGCAACCGAGAUGUGAUCUUGAAAGGUGGAGAAUUUUGGCUAAUUCUGGCAUCGAAGAUGAGGAAGAUUUAUCUGCGGAUUUCGCCGAACAAUUACAUGAACCUCAACCAAUGAUCGAUGUGGAACCUGUUGAUACCGAAUAUAUUACUCAUAAUCCAACAGUAACAGAUACAGCGGCAACAAUACCACUCGAUGAGACACAAACAGUACCAAUGAAUCUAUCAGAAACAUCUAAUGAAGUUAUUGAUGUUCCACCCGCUUGUCUCAAUCCAACAAAUCGUCAUAAACGUGUUCGAGAUGAAGCAGAAGAAAAUUAUUUGAAAACCAUUGAAAAACGUGAAAAACUGUACGAUGCCGCUACACAACGUUCUGCAUACGUCAUUGGCGAUUUAGUUGGACUAAAAAUCGAUCGAGUUGAUCGUACAAAUGUUACAGCCAAAAUAUUACCCUGUAAAAUUAUGUCAAUUCAAAUAUCGUCCAAUGAUACCAAUAUGUAUCGAUUAUGUACAAAAACAUGUAUUCUAUCUACAUCGUAUCAAAUACAAGAUUUAUCGGAUUUAACAAAAUGUAACUUUAAUGAUUUACGUACGGUUGAUCCAUCGACAUUACCAACAAAAACAUUCAUCCAAGCUUGUCAGGAAUAUAUGUGUAUUAGUUCCGGUGUAGAUAUUUCUGCAGAAGCUUGCCAUUGUAAAGGUCAAUGUGCCACGAAACAUUGUCUAUGUAAAGCCCAAAAAGUAAAAUGUGAGUGCGAUGCUUCAUCGGACUUACGCCCAUAUAAUAUUGAACGAUUUUAUUGA